ACCAGCGAGCAUUUUCUACCAUAUAUCUCUUUUGCAGGUUUUUGGUUGUAAACUUAAAACUUAAAAGCAAAAGACAGAGAAGGCGAGGAUGAGUACGACGAAGCCAAGCCGGAGCGACGAAGUAUCCGACCCAGAUCAGCAGAUCAAAAACUCGAACGUGAUCAGAGCCGGUUUCGAUUCCUUGGCACCUAAGCGACCCACUAAACCCACCAGGAGCGAGCCAGAACAUCUCAUAUGCUUCUCUACUUCGGAGCAAACCACAGACCACCCAGAGGCUGACAAGUUCCAAACUCUCCAGUCACAAACUCAUGGUAAUAUUCUGCAUGAAGGAGGUUCAUCCGUUAUUCAAGAUGAGUUCUUAGAGACAGAGUACUACACGAACCUCACCGCCAUUGAUAAGCAACACCACACGACCGGAAGUGGGUUUAUAAAUGUGGUGAAGGAAGAUGGCGGUGAAGAGACCGUUACAGCCGCAGCUGCACUCGACGACGGAGGAGAAAAGGCGGUUUACAGAAGCAACCCGGCGACAAACGACUGGAUUCCUGUGGCGGAGGAAGACCUUACUUCCGAGUUUUCAUCUAAACCGAACCGAAGCGAGAGUUCUUGAAUAAGAUCCUUAACAAUGUUUCUUAUCUUCUUCCAGAUGCUGUGUGUUUCUUGUAAUAAAAGUUGAAAUAAAAGAAUUAAAUGUUUUGUCA